UCCGACCCCAACGAACUAGCAGACGACGACGCCGCGAGGGACGUGCGCAACAACCGCUCCUCUGGUCCUGGCCGGACGCGCCGCGCUCCGAGGGCAGGCUCGUCCGGACACCAGUUCUGCCGGCCGCAAGGGCGUGGGGCCUCCUCGGUGUGGAAACAAGUAAACGGUCCGGAACAAGGAACGGUGCCGUGCAGGCGUGGAGCAGCGCCGGUCAGUCAGUGCGCGUUGUGCAGCCUCCCGGAGUACGUGGAUUUCCAGUCCCCUCCAUCCCACCCGACCCAUCCCCGACAACACCCGAGGAGUUUUUCGGUGCGACCAUGUCCGGCGGCCAAGUGACGAGUCCCAUGUCAACCACGCUGGUGCUGGUGCUUCUCGCGGCGGUCGCGGCCGUGGUCGGCUUCCCGCAGGGGGGCCCCGCGGAGUCCUGCGACUCGAUGCUUCCGAGGCACGUGUACACGCAGCCCAAGCCCGCGCACGAAUCGCCCUACACCUUCGUGGCGUCAGCGAGCCGCUACUCCUUCCAGAACGUCGACGGGAUCCAGGUGGAGCUGGGCGGUGCCGCCUUCAAGGGCUUCUUCAUCGCGGCCAUGGACCCGGUGACGCAGAAGCGGAUCGGGACCUUCCUCAAAGUGAAGGGCACGCACCCAGUUUCCUGCAGCGCCGUGACCCACAACGACGCGCACCCCAAGAGCCACGUGUCCUUGCUGUGGCUGCCGCCGCAGAACGUGCCUGAGGGAGACGUCGUCUUCAUGGCGACCGUGGUCCAGUCCUACUCGAGGUACUACACGGGCCUGGUGGCGGCGGUGCCGUCGACACCCCAGCUCCAGUACAUCAAGAAGAAAUAGGUGGACCGCCCUUGGACGCUGCCCCGUGGGCGGGCAUUCUCAGGGGGCCCUGGUUCUCGACGAGGCCCUUGGCGACGGCCAAGCACGUCGUCGGUCGGCAGGGUCGCCAGGAUAGGUUGUUAGCUCGUUGACGGUUAUCCCUCCCCCGCUGCCCCGCGCACAACGGAAGCGUGCACACACGCCGGUGCAGCUGCCUACGAAAACAUUGGGCGUCUGUUGUAGCAUACGUUUCAUCUCCUCAGUAUUUGUUUCUUGUUGUUAUGAGGGGAGGGAAUUAGGCUUUCCUUCUGCCAGCCACAAUGCUGUAAAUUAAGAAGUGCCGCGCGCUAAGCCGGUGGGCACGCGCAACUAAUUAUUCCUGUCAAUUUCUUUACCCCCCCCCCCCCCCCCCCCACCCGACCCCAUUUGUGCGCGUCGUUGUGACCCUUACAUCUCCAGCUCUUCAAAAAUGGCGCGACUUUUGUUUGUAGGCUACAGAUAAAACGGGCCAAUUUUGUCCGUAGUCUGGCAUAACAAAGGAAGUUGCUCGGAGAAGUAUACCCCUGCAGCUCUUGUUCUCGAAGUGUCGUUUCGCGUUUUCUUUAUUCCCAGCAAGGAUUUUUUUUUUCUCUUCUUCCCCUGUUCAGUUUCCAAGACAAUUGUGUGUGACGAGAACAUGUCAGUUUGAAUAAAAGGUCUUUUCUACUGUUAUUUA